AUGCCUUCCGAUGGCUUUACUCCAAUGCUGAAGGUUUUUGGAGCGGGAGUCGCCGUUGUCGGGCUGUGCUCCGUGCCGGCUUUGAGUAACGCGGUCACUCGCUUUACACGUCCAGAGGCCAAGCGAGACGGGUAUGAAGACAGCGAUGGCAAGGCAUCACCCGAGGCCGUAAAGGCCUUUUCGGCCAAGCUACCAAAAUCACUCGUCUUGAUCUCUAGUGCCCUCGGAAUUGCCCUGUCGAUCGCCCUCCUGGUCGUCACACCUCAUUCAAAUGAGCAGCUGUUGAGGAACAGCUUAAGUACAGGAGCUUGGGCUCUGCUGCUCUUCCAAGCCGUAACUAUUGCCUCGAGCAAAAACUCGGUUCGCGCCUAUACGCUCGGUCUCUACACCUCCUUGUCCGCCAUCGUCUUUGCCGGUAUCCUCCUGAAUCAAGGCACUGAGAUUGCCGAGCCCUUGCUGCGUUCGGCUCCCUGGCUGUUUGCCCUUCGCGUAGUCGAGCUUGUCGUUGCCAUCUUCUUAGCCACCUCGGCGCUUUGCAUCCCUAGACGGCCCGAUGUCUACUAUCAGGGCAAGCUGGUGGACCGUAUGCACACCGCCUCGGCUCUUGAUCGCUUCUCGUGGGCCUGGGGAUCGAACCUACUCGACCUUGCCUCGAAGAAGAAGGACUUGGACCUCGAGGACCUCACGCGACCAGAUCAUCUCAGCCGCGCUUCCUCCGUGUCCGCCAGGUGGGCGGUAGAAACCAAGCCGGGCCGGCGCCUCUGGAUCUCCUUGGUAAUAGCCAACAAACGAGCCCUUAUCCAGCAAUGGUUCAUCACCUUUGUUUCCUCCAUCUUGAACUUUGGUCCGCAGUGGGUGACCCUACAGCUCCUGCGCCUCCUCGAAGACCGAGUGCCCGGCACCGAGCAUGGGAUCCAAGCUUGGAUGUGGGUUGUUUGGCUCGCCGUUGUCAUCAUUGCGCAGUCGUGGAUUGAGGCGUACGUAUGGUGGCUUGCGUGGUCCGACCUGCAUAUCCCCGUCCGCGCCCAGUUGUCUUCGUUGAUCUUUGAGAAGUCGAUGCGCAGGAAGGACGUCAAGGGUGCUAGCAAGUCUAAGAAGGAGUCUGAGGGAGAAAGCGGAGAUGGGACGGCGGCCGAGCCUGGACAAUCGGCUGCGGCAACCGAAGCCGAUGACUCAGAGGACCUCAAGAAGAGCAAGCAGAGCACCGUCAACCUGAUCGGUGUCGACGGCAAGCGAGUGUCGGAAUUUGCUGCUUUCCAGAAUCUUUUCCCCGGCAGUCUGUUUAAGCUCGUCGUCUCUCUCAUCUUCCUACUCGACCUCCUAGGCUGGAAGGCCCUCGUGGUCGGGUUUUCCUCCAUGCUCGCCAUCAUGCCGAUCAACGUGUACUUCUCGAAGCAAUACGCCGCCGCGCAGGAUCGUCUGAUGAAGGUCCGGGACGAGAAGAUGGUUGUUGUCACCGAGGCGCUGCAGGGCAUCCGCCAAAUCAAGUUCUCCGCGCUCGAGCCUGAAUGGGAAGCUAAGAUUGGAGCCGUUCGGGAGCGUGAGCUUAGCGCAAUCUGGAGUGUUUUCAUGAACGACACCAUACUCAUUGGCUGCUGGAUCACAAGUCCGAUUCUCCUAGCCGCCAUCUCACUGGCCGUCUAUGCGAUGGUGACGGGAUCGCUGAUUCCAUCUGUCGCCUUCGUCAGCUUGGGCGUCUUCAAAUCGCUCGAGAUGACCCUGUCCGUUGUUCCGGAGCUCACCACUGACUUGCUAGACGCGUGGGUGUCCGUUACCCGUAUCGAACAAUACCUGAACUCGCCCGAGGUGGAACAUGUUUCCAAGGACUCGGACGAAGUGUCGUUCGACAACGCCUCGAUCGCCUGGCCCUCGGAUGAGAAGAUCGAAGAAGAAGAGCGGUUCGUGCUCCGCAACAUCAACGUCACCUUCCCCAAGGGCGAACUUUCGGUCAUCUCGGGCAAGACUGGCACCGGCAAGAGUCUGGUACUGGCUGCGAUCCUCGGCGAGGUGGACGUCUUGGGCGGUACUUUCUACGUUCCCAGAGCGCCCCCGCUUUCCGACCGCCACGACAGCAAGGCCAAUAAGGGCAACUGGAUCAUCCCCAAGGCGAUCGCGUAUGUUGCGCAAAUUCCCUGGAUCGAGAACGCUAGCAUCAGGAACAACAUUCUGUUCGGUUUACCCUGGGACGAAGAACGGUACAAGAAGACGGUCGAGGUCUGUGCUCUGACGAAGGACCUCGAGAUGCUUGACGACGGCGAGAACACCGAGAUCGGUGCGAACGGUAUCAACCUGAGCGGCGGGCAGAAGUGGCGUGUCACCCUUGCGAGGGCCAUCUACUCCCGGGCCGGUAUUCUCGUUUUGGACGACAUCUUCAGCGCCGUCGACGCCCAUGUCGGACGCCACAUCUUUGAGAAGUGCCUCAACGGUGAACUCGCCGUAGGCAGAACGAGGAUCCUGGUUACUCACCACGUCGCGCUCUGCGAGCCCAAGACCAAGUUCCUCAUGGAACUUGGCGAGGGCCGUGUGCUACACUCUGGCCUCCUGUCGGAACUGCGCGAGGACGGCACGCUACAGCAAAUCCGGAGCCACGUCCAGGAACCGGAGGAGGUUGAGGCAGAUGAGCAGGCCACGGCUGUGAACUCGGACAACUCUUCCCUCGACGGGCCUGAACCAGGCCUCAUCGAUGACAGUCCCCUCCAGAAGGUCCCCUCCAAGGCUCCCGAGGCACGCAAGUUUGUGGAGGAAGAGGCGCGCGAAAAGGGUGCGGUGCGGAGAAAGGUCUAUGCCACGUAUCUGAAGGACAGCGGUGGAGCUAUCUUCUGGUUGUUUGCUGUCGUGAUCUUUAUUUCGGUGCAGGUGUUUAACAUUGCUCGUUCGUGGUGGUUGAAGAUUUGGACCGGCAACAACCAAGAGCAAAGCAUUCAUUUGCAGAACAUUCAUCAGCAGAGCAUUCCCAACCUAUCCAGCCAGUUUGGGUAUUUCUACCCCGAGAGUGUCCACCAGUCGCUCCAUGUCUUGUCCGACCCGAUUUUCCAUCCCGACUUGAGUUUGUUUUUCUAUCUUGGCAUCUACGUCGCCCUGGCCGUCACCUCUUCGUUGAUCAGCACACUCAAGUUCGCAUACAUUUACAUCGGGUCGGUCCGUGCCAGCCGCACGCUCUUCGCCAAGCUGAACUUCGCCAUCCUUCGUGCCCCGAUCCGCUGGCUCGACACCGUGCCGGUCGGCCGUAUCCUCAACCGCUACACAACCGACUUCAAUACCAUCGACUCCCAGCUCGCUAACGCGGUAGGCUUCGGCGCCAACUCCUUCCUGGGCCUCAUCGCCGUCAUCGUCGCUGGUUUCUUCGUGUCGCCCUACAUUGUGCUCCUCGCCUGCUUCCUUCUCCUGAUCUGCCUCUACUACGCCCUCCGGUACCUUGGCGCGGCGCGGCCGGUCAAGCGCUUGGAGAGCACGACCAAGUCUCCCGUUUUCGAGCAGUUCGGCUCCGCACUGACCGGCGUCACGACCAUCCGUGGGUUUGAUAAGACGCAGGUUUACAUCGAGCGCAUGUACGAGAAGAUCGACGACUAUUCGACGACCACCUGGCAUCACUGGAUGUUCAACCGGUGGAUGGGCUGGCGCAUGUCGCUCGUCGGCUCCUUCUUCUCUAGUUUGGUGUCGAUUCUUAUCUUGCUGACUCCCGGGAUGGACGCUGCUCUUGCGGGCUUUGCGCUCUCGUUUGCGCUCGAGUUUUCUAGCUCCGUGAUGUGGACUAUUCGGUUGUACGCGACCGCCGAGCUGAACAUGAACUCGGCAGAGCGGAUUGUCGAGUACACCGAACUUCAAACCGAGUCUCUCGGCGGCGUUAGCCCCCCAGCAGCGUGGCCCACCGAAGGUCGCAUCGAAGUCGACGAUCUGGUCGUCGGCUACGCAUCCGACCUGCCCCCCGUCUUGAAGGGCCUCACCUUCAACGUCAACCGCAACGAGCGCAUCGGCGUGAUCGGCCGCACCGGUGCCGGCAAGUCUUCCCUCACGCUCGCGCUGUUCCGCUUCCUCGAAGCCCGAUCCGGCAGCAUCCACAUCGACGGCAUCGACAUCUCCAAGAUCAAACUCCACGACCUCCGGUCCCGUCUCGCCAUCAUCCCGCAAGACCCCGUGCUCUUCUCCGGCACGGUCCGCUCCAACCUCGACCCCUUCGGCCACCACACCGACGCCGCCCUGCGCGACUGUCUCGAACGCGUGCAUCUCAUCUCGGACACCUCCGGGUCCGCCACGCCCGUCGAGUCCGCCACCCCGACCAACACCAACAUCUUCUCCGACCUGUCGUCGCCCAUCUCCGAAGGCGGCCUCAACCUGUCCCAGGGCCAGCGCCAGCUGCUGUGCCUGGCGCGCGCCAUCGUGUCGCACCCGCGCGUCAUGGUCCUCGACGAGGCCACGUCGGCCGUCGACAUGCACACCGACGCGCUCAUCCAGCGGAGUAUUCGUGAGGAGUUUACGGAUGCCACGCUGCUGGUUAUUGCGCACCGGCUGAGCACCAUUGCGGAUUUCGAUCGUGUGCUGGUGUUGAGUGAUGGGCGGGUGGCUGAGUUUGGCACGCCCAAGGAGUUGUGGGAGAAGGGUGAGGAGGGUAUAUUCCGGGGGAUGUGUGAGGAGAGUGGGGAGAAGGAUAAGUUGAGGGGUAUUGUGUUUGGUGAGAAGUAA